AUGUCCUUAAUCAAAUUCAUUUUAUUCAUAAUCAUUUUAGUAUGUACCAUUUUUAAGACAAAUAGUUUUACUCCAGAAGGUAGAGGAGGUCAUGGAGCUGUAAUAAUUAAUAAUCAGUUGUAUAUUAUGGGAGGAUCUCGUUUGAUUCCAGACACGAGCCCAUUCAGGAGUUCAAUAAGAAGAUAUAAUUUAUCGAAUGAAGUUUUUUAUUUGGAUCUUACAUCGUCAUUUUCUACAAAUAAGCCACCGUAUGUAGACCUUACUGGAACUUCUGCGCGAUUGCAAUAUGGGAAUGAAAAAA